AUCCCGAACCAAUAAAUUGCAGGGGUCAGUGGCAGGCGUUGGGGGCAUGGGGAUAUGCAAGAUGUGCUAGAUUCACACCGCUCCGUCGGGGUUGGGGUUGGAACGUUGUUUUACCUCCAUUGUGCCUUUGUUCAUUCCACAUGCCAAACCACAAAGAGCCCAAAAAUAAAAGACUCCAGGUGCUGACACAAAACGCCCGUCAACGCCGCUUGGCCAAAAGGCGAAACUGGCCUAAGGUCGCGGCCCAGCUGUCUUCAGAUGCUGAAAUAGAGCUUGCUAUAGCAGCAGGCUGCAAGUCAAAUUCGAUCCCCCAGCGUUUGUUUUGUUUACUUUGGACCAAACCCGUCAAAACAAACAACAAUGCGGACUAAAAAGAAUAGCAGGGCAUCGGGACCCUUUCCCUUUCUGCCGCACAAAUCGGGAAAGCAAAUACAUGAUCGCGCCGAAAUUUGGGAAAUACGCGCAAUGCAAAAAUCAGAAAGAAAAUUACAAUUUCAUGCUCCAUUCCGCUUUCCCCUUUUCCGCCUGGCCUCGUCAACACUCCACCCAUCGGCUUUUUCCACCCUCCGCGGACCCGCCAACCCCUCUCUUCAACAAGGCGUCGCAGGUCCUUCUUCCCCUCCUCCACGGCGCCACUACGGGGCUAGCAGAUCUCGACGAUCCGGCACAGGACUAGGACUCACAGGACGACCAGUGAAGACGCGACCUUCCGCGCACACUAACCACGUCCUAAACCCUUGGGUCUUCGCCUCUGAUCCCCUGAACCUUGACUCUCCCGUGUUGACAGAGCCGCUAUGGUGGAGAAAAUCGGGAAGAGAUCGGCUCAAAAGAAUCGAAAUCUUUUUUCUUUUUGCUACACCACGCGUCAAAGAAACCGGUCUUAUCAAGUCCCCCACUUCAGACUGCACGCGUCUUUCUUUGUGUUGUGGUCAAGCUUUGCGCACCGCGCACGCAUACCCUCACGUUUGUUACAUGAAGCCUUCUCCGUCCUGAACUGACUGGACACCAAGCAUCCAAGCAAACCGAGUUCUUCACGAUACUUGCAGUGUGCCCCGCUUCCCCGCAAGAAGUUAGACCAUACAGUGUACUGUAUUGUUCACGAUAGUGGCACGCGCGCCCUCAGCCUUCUCUGGGUUUCCUUGCCAGA